AUGUCCUCAUCAUCGCCACCGUCAAGGCCGCCGCGCCCCUUGCAGCAGCGCCAGCCGAAGCGCCACCGCUCGGCGCGGGAGAUCGCCCUCGCCGGCGUCGCCCGCGAGACCAACGCGGUCCUGCCCGCGGUCCUCGCGGCGCUGCCGCACCUCCGCCCCGCCGAGUCCGAGUUCCUCGACGCCGACUCGGGCGACCUGCCGCCGCUCGAGCCCAACGAGUGCCCGCGGCUGGUGCCCGCGCGCGUCGCCGUGCGCGUCGUCAACGAGGACUCGUUCAACGCGGCCAUCGAGAUGGCGGGCCGCGUGCGGGCGGCGCAGGCGCAGGCGCAGCAGCAACUCCAGCAGGGCAGCGGCACCGGCGCAGGCACAGGCACAGGUGGUAGCACCAGCACCAGCAGUGGGAGUAAUAGUGCUGGCGGUGGGAGUGGAAGUGGAAGCGCCAACGCGAUGGCGGACAGGGUCGCCGUGCUCAACCUCGCGUCCGACAGGACGCCCGGGGGCGGCUGGCUCAACGGCGCCACGGCGCAGGAGGAGGCGCUGUGCUACCGCUCGUCGCUGGCGCUCAGCCUGCACCGCCGGCACUACCCCUGGCGCCGCCCGGCGGCGCAGGGCAUGUACACGCGCGACGUCGUCGUCGUCCGCGGCGCCAUGGACCAGGGCCACGCGCUGCUCGUCCCCGGCGUGCCGGCGCGGGACCUCCCCGUCUUCAGCGUCCUGAGCGUCGCCGGCCUGCGCAGGCCCGAGAUCGCGGCCGUCAACGUCAUCGAUACCACCGCUACCGCUACCGCCAGCGGCGGUGCCGGCAGUGCCGGUACCACCAGCGCGGGGUCUGGCGCCAGCGGCAGCACCAGCGGCAGCGCCAGCGGUAGUAAGAAGGCGGCCGCGGCCGUCGGCUUCCGCAGGAAGGAGGUAUUCGAGCGCGUGUCGGACCGCGAGUCGACCAAGGCCCGGAUGCGCAUGACGCUGCGCAUGGCCGCGCGCCGCGGCCACCGGCUGCUCGUCCUCGGCGCGCUGGGCUGCGGCGCCUUCAAGAACCCCGUCGAGGACGUGGCCGAGUGCUGGCUCGAGGUGCUCCGCGAGCCCGAGUUCCGGGGCGGCUGGUGGCGCGAGGUCUGGUUCGCCGUCUACGACCGGCGCAACGAGGGCAACUUUGAGGUCUUUGAGCGGAUUCUGGGCGGGAAGGAGGUUUGA